AUGAAGGAAAUAGCAGCUCUCAUUAAAGACAAUGUAGAUGAGAUUUUCAUGAAAGGGGAGGUAACUAACAGGACGCCACUGGAAUCUUCUUCUUUGUCAAUGCCACCAUCCUUCCCUUCUGUAUUACCUUCGGUGCUAGAUGACAUUGCCGACUCGUCCCCUCCUCCAGUGUCUUACAUCACUUCCCAGGAGAUGAAGUGUAUUCUUCACUGGUUUGCCAGUUGGUCAGGUCCGCAGCGGGACCUACAAGACCUGGUAGCUAAGGCAGUGCCUGGAAAGCUGCAGCCGCUGCUGGAUGGUCUGGAGCAGCUUAGUGUGUCUGGGGCAAACCGACCACCGUGUAUCUUUGAGUGUCAGCUACGGCUUUGGGAUCAGUGGUUUCCAGGUUGGGCUGAACAGGAGCGCAAUAAAUUUGUCAGACAGCUGGAGGUCAGUGAGCCAGAUUUUGUGGCAAAGUUUUACCAAGCAGUAGUUGCCACUGCUGGUAAAGACUGAUAAUCAAUCAGAUCA